AUGGCUCCCGUGAGCGAGUACGUCAGCGGCGGUGGGAGGCUGAAGAUCAAGGGCGCGCCUGUGCUUGAGGGCCGGGUUGGUAAGAAAGGGACGAAGAAGCGGAGGAAGGAGAAGGAGGGGGAGAGUGGGAGUAAUGAAGAGGGGAAGGAGAGGGCGAGGAUGAAGGGUGUUGAGGGUGAGGGUGCGGGUCCGGGUGAAGGAGCGAGGAUGCCGGCUGGCGAUGGCAGUGGUGCUGAUGGGAGUGGGAGUGGGAGUGGGAGCAGGAGUGGCAGUAGAAGUCAGAGUCGGGGUGUGAGUGAGGGGGCUGAGAGGGUUGUUGUGGGUAAAACGGAGGCGGAGAGGAGGUAUGAGGAGGCGAGGAGGAAGAGGCUCGACGAACGCCUCAAGCGCGAGGGCGUGAAGACACACAAGGAGCGCGUCGAGGAGUUGAAUAAGUAUCUCAGUAACCUGAGUGAGCAUCAUGACAUGCCCCGAAUCGGACCAGGUUAA